AUGGCUUCAUCGGCGUCGCUAAAGGACCUCUCCAAGGUGAUCGUCGCCUUCCUCGCUGAGCCAACGGCUUCGCUGCCCGACGACUUGGAAAAGAUCAUUGAUGCCUACCUCCGCCGACACCAGAAAUAUGAUGACACUACAGCAGAUCGCUUGCAGGAAGAACUCCUGUCUAUUUUUGACAAGCACGUCAAAGACAAACCUUCGGCCUUCGCACCCUUUCUGAACAUCCUUCGUCAAUUGCUUUCGAUACUUCGAACUCCUGAGCGGAUAUUUGCUUGGUGGGACUCGUGCUCUGCGCUUCUAGCCAAGUCAUCUCCCGAGAAAGGGGUUGUGGAAGCGUCACUGGCGAAUAUCAUGGAGAUCAUAUCAAUUGCGGAAGAAGAUCAUGACGGUUCUGAUUCUGACCUUUCCUCCAACCCACUCAUUGACCGCCUGUUCACAGGAUGGAUGGAGAAGCUUUACCCGUCUGUCACCGAAGCGCUCUCAAGCCUUGAGGCUAACGAGAGAAUCACGCGGGAGGCUCUUGUGCAGUUCGGGAAGAAGCAUCCCAAGGAACUUUUCACUGCGCUUGAUCGUUAUUUUGUGAAGAAACAGUACCGCAAGGCUGUCCUGCGCUUCUUGGGCGACUAUCUUCAAAGUCAACCUCCUCACGUUCACCAGAUUCUACAAACACCACUAUUUGCUGAUUUUUUAAAAUGCCUACAACAUGAUAGUUCAACGACCAUAGUGUCAGCCGCGCUGACAGUUGUCAUCAUGUUACUUCCACAGAUGCCAAGCUCACUAGUUCCGCAUCUACCUACGCUGUUCAAUAUCUACGCAAGGCUAUUAUUCUGGUCAAGAGAACGGGCUGGCGUAGUUGAGCCUCAGCCAGAGGAUGCAGAUUCAUCCAAUUGGGAAGAAUGCAGUUAUGAGGCAGAGGUCGAUGAUCACCCUGUCUAUCACCUCCUUAACUACUAUACCAUUCUUUAUGGUCUUUAUCCCAUCAACUUCAUGGACUAUAUUCGCAAGCCUCAGAGAUAUCUACGUCACGCCAAUGUUGCAAAUGCCAACGAUAUGGAAGUUCAGCCUACUGAAAUUCGAGACCAAUCAGAAAGAUUCCGGCAAUGCCAUUUACUUCACCCAAACUUCUUCACCCUUACGAUUGAUUCGGAAAAGACGGAUUUUGGCCGCUGGAUCAAGAGCGAGGCCUCAGAGGUUGUUGCUAAGUGCAUGGCUUUGUGUCUCGCAAACGAUUCCAACCAGUCUUUUGGGCAGCCAUCGUCUCUAUCUGAAGCGCCUCCAUCGAGCGAAGGAUUUGUCAAAGAAAAUCACCCUUCUCUUCCAAUGACGACGACUGAAUCCCACAGCGGUUAUCGUUUGCCUACAUCCGCAAGUACGGACUCGUUGGCGAGUAGUCGUCGGCCGUCAGCUCUAAUCCGGCGGGGUUCCCAAUCAAGCAUCCCAUCAACUCGGGAUUCUAUUGAUGCCAGGAUAAGAGAACCAAACGCCGACAGUCCGACCCUUGGUCCUCAUCUCAUCUCAUCUUCCUCUCAUACACAACUACAGGACAUGAUCCAAUCUAACAAGGUCAUCAAGUCCGGUUUGCAUCAGUCUUUGGCCAAUGAUAGUGUACCAUCACUAUCACUCAGCAAUCAAGAUUCCGUGGCUGACCGGCCUGGCCCAUCGCUACUCGGCGCUCCGCCAACUAUCAGCACGCCCCUUUCCUUGACUGAAACGAAUACACAAGUGGCUCAUCUACAGCGCCAGAUCCUACUUUUGCAGAAUGACCUAAAUUUUGAGAGAUAUUUGAAACAACAACAUAUGGCCCAUAUUGGUGACUUGCGCAGACGGCACAUGGAGGAAGCUGUGACAGAGGCAGAAACACAGAAUCUACUCAUCACAAACCGUAACUUGAAGCAUCGCUUUGAGGAAGCGAAGAAAGCGGAGAUGCAAGUUCGGCGGGAUUCGGAGAAGAGUCGUGCCCUUGCAAAGAAGUGGGAAGCUGACCUAUCCACCAAGCUUAAGAAGCUGCGUGACGAAUCAAAGCGACUCAAGGCUGACUAUGAAGCGCUCCAGAAGGAGCUAGACAACUCCACGGCGGAGCGUGACAAGUUGAGGGUACUACUGUGCGAGGCCGAAGUCAAGGAGGUCAAUUGGAAGCAGAAUAUGCAGUCCAUCGAAAUUCACAGCGCUGAAACUGAUCGCCUGAAAAGUGAAGUCGAUAGGUUGACCAAGGUUGAACGUGAUUUCCAGGCCAAGGAGCUCGAGCAACAAAGGGCAAUCGCUGCCGCUGCAGGUGCAGAGAGCAGAGUUGAGGCUCUGAACCUUCAGCUCGCCAGUCGAGAGAAUGAAAUCGAGCGUACUAGGAAGUUGUUCCAGAACCAAGUUGCAACCCUACAAGCGAAGCUAUCCGAGGCGCAGGAGGAAAGAACCCUACCUUCUCGAGAUAGCAAGGCAGCAAUUCAGGCAAUGCUCGCAGCGAGUCGAGAGAAGCAAGCUGAAUUACAGAAGCAGUGCGACCUGCUGAUGCGCAAAUACACCGCCCUGCAAUCAUCGUUCCUGGAUAUGAAGACGGAAACGAAGCCAAGACAUCUCAGGAUCGAGACCUCACCAGAUGGAGAGCAUGAUUCGCCAUCCAUAUCAACGAGCCCCGUCAUGAUGAAAACGCGGCCACAGCGUGUGCUCUCAAGCCCUGACAUGGCAGAGGGCACUGCAUACAAUGUCACGCCACCGCUCGGGCACAAACCUGAAGCUGCCUUAUCACCGAAGUCAGGGGGUUGGGCACAUCCACCAGGGUCACCAUUGGGAACAGAUGCAUCAUCUCUAUCCAUGAGCCCGGAUCACCAGCGAUUCGGACGAAGUGAUGGGGGACGAUUACUUGCUAGGAGCCACUCGGACUUAUUUACCAGCGCAACACACAAUCGACUACGUAAAGAUUCGAAAGACAAGGGUAAAGAGGAGGCAGGUGCGAAAAAAGACAAGAAACCAUCGGCGUUAAGGGGAAUCCGGGGCUUCAUGUAUGAAUGA